AUGAACAGGUUUGUGCUUGUAACGGGCGUUUUUCUGUAUUACCUUGCGUGGCUACUUCUUCCGAUAUUCGAUAUUGAAAAUACAUUGCCAGGCUUUCCCUUGCCAUCUAUAUAUGCUGUUAUUUGCCCCGUCGUGCUACUUUUGACAGGUCUUUUUUGCGUUGUCUCGUUUUUGGGAAUUCUGGUCCUCUAUUCUGGAAGCACCGACAAGAAGAGUCGGAAAAUGAAGUCAUCAUGA